UGAAGGCACUACACGUAGGACUGCCUACUCUUGUACAGGCGUCAUUCCAUCGAUCAUUACACAGCCACUUGCGCCACCUUUGCGUGCGACGCACUUCAAGGUGGGUUGAAAACACUCCGUCAUGGGUAAGAUACAGGUGUUUAAAACAAUUUUCGGCGAGACAGGCCGAGCAGUGGUUGCGGCUUGGCCGCCGACUUCAUUCUUGGGCCGCGCGCGUACUGCAUACUACCCACUGAGCGAUGGCGUCUCUCAAGCCGACCGUCAAGACGGCGCCGAUCUUCCUGCAGAAGACCUUCCGCAUGUUCCAGGAGGCGCCGUCCGACGUGGCCACGUGGAACCAAGAUGGCACGACGAUCCGCAUCCAUGUGCCCCACCAGUUUGCGACGUCGGUGCUGCCCAAGUACUUCAAGCACAACAACUUUCUCUCGUUUGUGCGGCAGCUCAACUUUUACGGCUUCCGCAAGUGCAAGGGCGACGCGGCCGAGGACGCCGAGUGGUGGGAGUUCCACCACGACAAGUUUUCGCGCGAGGCGCCGCAUCUGAUGCAGGAGAUCCGCCGUAAAUCGACGCCCGAGCCCGAGCACCCAAAGGAGAUCCAGUCGCUCAAGACGCAGAUCGCGGGCCUGCAGACGCAGUACGACAGCCUCACGCAGGUCAUCUCGAACCUCACGGGCCAGAUCAACCAGCUCGUCGCGAUGGCUGCGCCGGCGACCAGCGCUUUGCCCAAGGAAGACGACGACAUGAGCGUGGUCUCGUCGGACGACGAGCGCAUGAGCAUCGACUCGGACGUGGAAGACGCGUUCUGCAGCGACAUGGCGAUGCUCGAACUGUGCAGCUCGGACGAGCUCGCAACGAUUCAAGACAUGGUGUCGAUCUUUGAUUCGCCCAACGCGCACUCGUUCUUUGAAGGCUUUGACCAGCAGCACGUGGCGCUCAACUACUAUUAACCUUAUCUAACCUUAUCUCCUUUGUACAGUGAUUGCUAACCUUUUGGAUAUCACUGCGCGACGGACACUACAAGCCAAA